AUGAGCACAAGGAAGUUGGUGGCCCCGCUGGAUGUGCUUCGUAACUGUAGGGGGAAGGUGGUGUCGGUGGAGCUGGCGAACGGAGAAACGAUCAAUGGAACCGUGAUGAAAGUUGACAGGUCAAUGAACCUGGUGCUGAAGCAGUGCAUUCGAACAGGCGCUGCGGGAGACGUUUUUUGGAGGUCGCGCGAAGCGCUUAUUCGGGGUGCAAGUGUACGGAACUUGCGGAUGGACGAGCGGGCAUUGGUGAUGCCCGAGUCCCGCACGGCAGAGGGCAAGAAGGCACGUCCAAGCAGUAAAAAACAGGCCACGGCUGGAGUGAAGCAAAAAUCGAGGUGA